AUGAACUUCGUCGUUUCGCAGCGCGCGAAAGUCGGGCCGCUAUUGGUGGACGGAAAGCCUCGGGAUUGGGGCGACACGCGGAACUCGGAGAAGGAGCUGAGCGACGUGGGGCUGAGCGCGCGCGCCGGGCAUAAGAAGGACCGCGGCGGGUGCAUCGGCGCGUUUCAGCGGCUGUGGGACGGCAUGGAGUUACGAUACAGCUACUCCAAGGCGACGCCGGAUGUUAAAGAGAUGGUGUUUUGCGACAAGUUCGGGUACAUGAUUCAUUGCGACGACCGUGCUCUGACGCGCAUGCAAGCAGCGAGGGCAGCGGGGCUGCACCGAGUGGUGGUGGAGCAGCGCUACGCCUACACCACACUCGUCGCCUCUGCCGACCUGCUGCCCGCUGCGCUGGCCCACGCGCAGUCCCUCAGGCUGACGGGCACGGCGCAUGACCUGGUUCUCAUGGUGGAUGAGAACGCGCAUGAUGUGAAUGUAAAUGAUCGAUUGUUGCUGCUGCACUUCGACCAUGUUCGGCGCGUGCCGACUGUCAACAACCCGUACGGAGUAAAAGGAUUCUCAAAGCUGAACGCGUGGCAGAUGACGGAAUACGACAAGGUGGUCUAUAUCGACGUGGACACGCUCGUGCUCGCCAACCUGGACCACCUCUUUGAACACCCCGAGCCCACCGCCGUGCCGGAUGUGUACAUGAGCAGCAAAUUCAACAGUGGACUGCUCGUGCUCAAGCCGUCCCAU